GCGGGGCAAACCGCCAGCUACGCAGGGAUGAGCUGACUGCCACGGACAUGGCGCGUGGAAGGAGCAUGGGUCGAAGAAAGAAAGCAGAUAACUUCGCCUUUUAGACGUAGGGAAUAAUGCUGAUUGAAGACGAUGAGAUCUGGGAUUAAAUAUUUCGGCGAAUUGGCGGGGAUCGUGAGUCGUACUUGUAGUUACUGGCUGAUUGAUUGAUAAGAUUAACUAGGGAGUUCCGCGGCUCUGUCCAAACCUUAAUACCCAGCAGUAGUUCAUCACCUACAAAAGCCCACAACGAUUGACUAGACUAUCCCCGCUUAUUCUUUUUCAUCACGCGUGUCCAUGGAGACGUAAGAAAUAUAUAAAUACCACUCAGCUAUCCAGGCCAUGGAACCCCAAGAGGAGGUGCUGGAGGACUCUGUGGCCCCGAAAUACCGGCGCGCAAAGCCUCUCCCCUUCGAAUUGAGCCGACACUGCAACAUUUACUUCGAAGAAAAACUGUACCAUCAAGCUCUCCAUCUUCUCCUAAGCCUUCUCUCAUCAGGUACUAUCGCGUCAGGCCCUGCGUUCGUACCAACCACCCAGCAGCUUGCGGUUGCGGCAACUCUAGUCGUUCAUCCCUCCACCACAACUCUCGCAAAGUCGCGGGAAGCUGCGCACGCGUCUACUACUGCUUUGCAACUUUUGCGCCUUACCAAUAAGCUAGUGGGACCUUUGGCUGCACAAUUCGGGAGUGCAUUUGCUUUUACGCGUUACGCUUCCUCGCGCCAUAGGGGGUCGCGUCGCAAAAACGAUGGGAGCGAGGGAGCCGGCGCUCCAGGUAUGGAUUCGUACCCGGGCCUUAUUAACAUGGAUAUUGCUCGUCGUGGGUCUAUCUGGUUUCAAUCUGAAGAUUUCUGGUCUGCUGUUGGAUGGGCCUUUAAUUGUGCCGUUCUUUAUCCCAAGCGCUGGUCUAGAUGGAGGGUCUGGCUGGAGUUUAUGUGUGACGUGUUGGAAGACGACUGGGCAGAGAGAGAAAAGUUGAUCGAUAGCUCGAAAAAUGGGGUAGGAGCACUAUCUUCUGAUGAUACUCUCCGCCAGAGCUUAAUUUUUAAGUAUAUCUCGGGUACGUCGGGAGUGUCCAGCCAGCAUCGAAGAAUCGUUCGAGCUAUUUUCGCGGACGGGAAUCAGGCGUCGCUGAACGAAUUUAAGAUGAUAUUCCGCAACGAACUAAAGGAACCAGAAAAGGACAAGGAUCAUCUGAAGCGGCGUGAAGCGGAUGUGAACGUUGACGAAGGUAUAUUUGGGGACUACCUUGCAAGAGACGAAGAUGACGUUGACGAAGAAAAUGACGCCGUUUACACGGGGGAUACCAGGCCAUCGCGUCCGAAACGAUCGAGAACUACAGCACCAACUCCAUUUUCGAGGUCGGCCGAGAAUCUCGAUAUGCAUCCGUCGUACAAGUCAUCAAGUAGCACACAUUCGGGCCAGGAAACACUGCUGGGUGACGUAUCGGCUAUUGGUCUUCGGCAGCGCCUUAUGCAGAUUUUGUCCCGAGUUUCAGAUGCUCUCCCGGAGGAUUAUAUGACAGUCGAAGACUUGUAUCAGCUCUUUGGGGAGUUUGUCCGUCCACUGUCCCUCCCCACAUUUCAGCUCCUGGUAUCAUGUCCGAUGUUGUCUAAUUUUGCCGAUAACGCGCGAACUACUUUGUGCAAGACGAUUCUUUCACUUUUACUUCACCAACACCCUAAUUCAGAACAGACGUACAUCAACCAAUCUACACUAGAGAAAUAUUACCUGCAAUUUGCCGCUAACACGAACGAUGCCAUUGAAAAUGCGAAAGUAUCGAUACUUCUCGAGACCUUACUACUGCUAUUAGCCUCUAAUGACAUGUUACAAGUCCAGCCAUCCUUGAGAGCCGCAAUCCAAAAGGGAAUUAUUGCAAGAGCUGAUAAAGCGCAGAGUGAUGCCAAAAAGAGCCAAGAUAAAAGGAAAUUAGACGAAAUUGGUUGGGCUUGGCUGAUUGAAAGCGGCGAACGAAUCACCUACCUGGUGGACAAGUUAUUAUCGUCAGAGAUGGAAGGGCAGACCGAUACUGAAUAAACUGCGUCAUUUUCAAUUCUAUCUAUGGCCAUAACCUUCAGGCUUGGGUCAAAUAUUUAAACUACAUAUCUUAAGUAGGCAAACUAUACCUCCGCCUCCUAACUCCAUGAACAAAGGUACAUUUUUCUCCUGGGUCGUUCAUCGCGGCGAUGGAAACUUUUUAUCCAAAUAUAUGCGUUCCUAGGGUGAGAUAUCCAGAAAGCAAGGAAGAGCUGAUAUCCCUUUUUCCAAACUAGAAAUAAGAUUCGAUUGAGCUUCUUCCAACUGAGCAAGGAAAAUUCCCCACAUUUCUUCCCUCGGCGCCGAUGGCUUCUCAGGCUUGACAGUUUCUAUUUUCCGGCUGCGAUGCGAGGCUCUGGCUUCCAUGAGAUCCACCAGAGUCGUCCAUUCCUCGUAUGUCAAUCGGGAACGUACUGCUUGGCUCGCCGGACUAUUUAGUUUAAUUCCGCGAGUGUCUGGAGCAUGCGUAACAUCAGCCGGCUUUGAGAUGUCGGGGAGUUGCAGCUUCCACUCGAUGAGUAAGGCCCUAUACAGGUUGUUCCUACCCCAAGAAACAAUCCAACUUUCUCGUCGUUGAUCUCCGGAGGUUUUCUUCCAGUGCUCCAGGGUGACCUUCUCUCUGGCCUUCAUCUCUUUCUGUACCUCCUCAAGCAAUUCAAGCAGGUCGAAUGCGUUACGUGUGGCGUUUUUAUAUAUCUUCAUCCGCAGAUCUUGCAGGGUAUUAGGGAAAUCUUGUCCAGUCGGAAGCCAUCUAAAGCCGGUUCCUGGCUUCAUUUCUCCGAACCUGGUGUGGUCGAAAUGCGCGCAGACCACCAGUGCGAUUUGGUUGAAGUAUCUAGGUUUAAGCGAUGCUAAUGGGACAUACGGGUCGCUACCAGCUAUGAUGCUCCAUUCCCACGACAGUUUCUCCUGAACUAUGGCUGCUAGAAUUGCUCGUUUGCGCUCAUCGAACAAUCGUUGGAAGCUUGUUGCGGAGAGAGGGAGGUAUCGCAGCAAAGUCCUAAUGCCUGAAAUGUCCGCGAAUGCGAGGAUAUGGAUUUUUAUGUCGGCUGGCAGCCUGCUGAGGCGACAAUUAGCUGCCACCUCAUCUUGGAGCUCCCUAUUCGUCAGCUGUGCUUCGCGCCUCCGAGACGCUCUUAGUUGUUCGAUAUUGCCAAACAUUGGCAUUUUUACGCGACUUUCGACAAUGACAAUACUUUCCCUUAGAGAUGAGCAAGCAGCAAACGGUUUCAACUGCGGGCGCCAGUCGGAGACCUUGUCGGUAAUUAAAUUUGUGCCUUAAUAACCGAAUAUAAUGUCAGGGAUCGCGGAGAGAUCUUGUGUUGUUACCACUGAGAUCGUUAGUUGCUGGACGGAAAAAUCCUGAGAAACAAUCCCUUCUGGAAUGCAGGAAGAACAUACCAGGUAUACGGUGGAAAGUAAAGGAUAUUGCAAGUCUUAAUAUACGUUGAUAUAAAAGUACCUGGCGAUGUAUUUCAAAUUGAGGACUUCCACUCGCAUAUAAAUAAUACUCGCAUAUACAUAGUACAUUAUUCAAAGGGAGACUACAGUGCUUAUCGAUGUAUUUGAGCCGUCCUACUUGUUUCUCUUCUUCCCAGCCAGGACAGUACAAUGCCAGGCCCCAUUGGUUAAAACAAAGAAAAAGUCCCCGGUGCGAAUGUUCUUUACUUACCUUCCAACGCCUAGUUGGUUGAAGCAAGAAUGAGUUGGCCAACAUAACAAGCACUCUCUUAUACAAGAGGACCCGUCAGUUCGACAAAGGGACCUGUCUUUUACUCCAAUUGGUGUGAACUGCGAUCAAGCUUGGGGGCCGGGAUACGGUCAAUGAAGCAUCUACUUCAUAUUUCGCGAAGAAAGAGUUUUUAAAGCUGGGAGUUCCCUCCAAGAACACCUUGGAUAACUGAUAGGAACGUCAAAAAGCCGAACAUCCUUGUUGAUUAACAUGAAGAGCUGACCAGGUCCCACUAACUGAACUAUUCUUUCUGUUAAGAUCUGGUCUGGAAUAGAUAACUAACCAAUUUCCGAAGAUUACUCCUCCGCUCUUCAGUUGAGUUUCAUGCUUGGCUAGCAAGGUUCAGGUUAAAGAAACCAUGCAGCCUUCAUAAAUCUGUCAACAAGAAAAACGGUAGUUAUCGAAGCGAUCCUUUUUGUUUACAAAGAAAGGUCAUGAAUAAAUUGAUGAACUCGAAAGAAUUUUCCUUGUCUGAAUUUUCUUGAAAUCCUUAACCAAAAGCUGCUCCCGGAUGACUUGGCCAUCCUUUUGCGACCAUGCGGAUCAGGUCCAUUGACCGAAUUCACGAAAUAUACGGCAAGGGGCUUUUUUCCCCCGCCGCCUCUUCGUCUACAACUUGAGAAAACAGUUUGACUGUUCAUCCGAAAGUCGUCUUUGAAACAUCGAUUCAUUCAAUAUGCGAUGACUCCGGCAUGAUGCUGAUAGAACACCCAUCGCAUCGAAUAUGUAGUAACGAUUUGAAGGAAACGAGGUCAAGAGACAUUCCCACUGGAUCCGCGAAUGAAAGUACGCGGACAGAAAGAAAACGUGCUAGUCACAAGACAAGAGGACGAGCAAUACAGAUAAGAGCAGCUUCUUCUAUGUCUACAAGUGCAGCAAUGAAGGCAACGAUAGAUUUUGCGCAUGCUCCAUGAGCCCGGUGAAAUCCGGUAACUAACUAUUCUAGCCACAAGCUCAGCGCUCAGCCUUAGCGACGGGACAACGACCUUCAAAGCUUAGAGGAUGAGCUAGAGAUCGCUUUUGAUGCAAUUUAGCCGCUUGAAUCAAAUCGGAGACCGCUAUUACCCAUCGAGAUGUUGCGCCUGGGCAUAGUAAAUACAUUUUUUCCGGAACAAUUUACCAUGUCCUGAGGCAAACUCUGGCCAAAAUCUUAAAUCAGGUAUCGACAUAGACGUUCGAACUGCCGGACUGCAUCCAGAGAGAAUCCAUCUAGAAAACCCCGAGGCAACAGCCAAGGGAAUCAUCAUUCGAGCCCCUCACCCAGCGAUCGGCGGCUUUGCGAUUUUGAUAAGGAAUCUCAAUACGAUAUCAACACGGGAUCUCCGCAGAUCCUGCAACUGACAGGUCAAGAUCUGCAUCUGAUGCCACCAUUACCGUGCACUUACCCUCCUGCGACCAAGGCCGGGCCAUAUGAACGGCGGCUAACGCAUGCUACUUAGCCUUAUUCCAGCUAGUGCAGGUCCAGAGGAUAAUCGAAAGAUGGGGUUGGUAAGAUAGAUCUAUUGAUAAAUCCAAUACUCCGUACGAUACAUACCCAACAUGCAGUCUGGUUUGCUCCUAGCCCAUCAAACGUCACUUCCCAGCGCAUGUCAUUCGCAUUCGAAUCCCAUAAAGCGAUUAACUACUCUCCCUACAGGCGAAAAUUAACCCUUCGAAAAACCACGGUGCAAAAGGUAUUGCUUUCGGGCCCCAAGGGCACAUACACGAACAGAAUUCCCAAUUCUGGAGCCAACUCGAGCGCGUGCCAUCAGUGGCGCGUUCUGUUGGUAAUCGUAAAUGCGACGUUACCGGCAACAUGACUUCCAUAGGCUUUAUAAUGUUCAUUCUUCAUUCGGAUCUAACGGAUCUAUGGCAGCCAUUGCAAAGCGGAGAAUCAUCACAUACGAGGCUAUCUCGAGUUCUUACCGCCAUGGGGACAGGGAUUUAUUUAUACUCCUUCACGCCACCACAACCGAUCACGUCCCGAUUUUCACUGCCCGCUUGCAAGGCUUCUUAUUAGUAUUCGUCAGCAUUGGCUUGAACCCCGCCGCAGCGUUAUCUAAUCCGAUGUAACAGCGGAUUGGCCGUUGGCGUUGGGUGGGGUGUGGACAAAGUCUCCGAUGUGACUGUGACUUAUGCAUUUAAUAUUGCCCAAUACAGAGUAUGUAUGUAUGGCGUCGAUCCAGUUGAGGAAUUUGGUUAUUUCUCGUCAGGAAUACUCCGUAGUGCUUGGAUGUUUUACUCUGUAAUAAAAUUGGGACUUCUGCCUGAGCAAUUAAUAAUGGUUGGGUACUCUGCAUGGAACGGAAGGUUCAACAUCGCAUAUAUACGAGCUUCUAUCGAUCUAUGUAUGUACAUACAUGUACUAGUAAUUGCAAGAAGUUGAUCAUAACGGAUACAAUAUGAUGCGCGACACGACAGGCAAUGCGAUCAAUGGCAAAGAUUACCAAUCCUCAGAAUAAUCCUAACGACUGGCUACUCGCUAGUUUAGCGUCGGCGACGCCUCUGAUUUUGUGCUAGCCCAAGCUUCAUACUGUGAGCUGUUAAGGAAGUCGAUAUAUCCAACUGGGGAUUUUGGCGUAUAAAGCGUUCUUCGGUUGUACGGCGUGAAAGGUAUGUGAUUGAAAGCACGGAAGGGCAGGUCUGGGUUCGAUGUAUAAAAUCGGCCGAAUGCGAUGGCGAUGCGUUGACCCUUGAGAUUUUCAAUUCUUCGAUUAGCAGUCUCGGGGCGGAACCCUCCAGCGAGGAUUACUGGCCCGGAAUUCGCGUAUGCGUCGACGACAAAAUCCGUGCUCUGAUAAGCUCCUUCACACGAUUCCGGACCGCUGACCCGGCUCUCCACCACGUGCAAAUACGCCAAUUUGAUCUUUGCUAGGUUUUGAACAAGUUUUCUCACAUCCAAUGGCUUCUGAAACUGCCUUAGCCACUUCGAUGCCGAAUCUUGAUCGAUUCUCGAUGCUUCCACCCCAACGGUCAUUGCGGUUGUUACAUGUAUCCUGCAAGAACUGAUCGCAAAGGUAUCCAUUGGCUCCGUGAAUCUCCACUCCGUCAAAGCCAGCUUCCAUGGCAUUCUUUGCCGCUUGAACAUAGUCUCCGAUGAACUCUUGGAUUCCGUUUUCAUCUAGUGGCGUAGGAACAGCGCUUUCCUUAGAAAUGGGGAUGUCACUGCUAGAGACCACUGGAUGGCCAUCUGCAGUCAAGACUCGCGAGUCUGCCGCCCUUCCCAAAGCCCACAAUUGACAGAAGAUAAAACUGCUUUUGGCAUGGACUGCAUCGGUGAUCUCUUUCCAUGCUCUGAUUUGCUCAUCGUUAUAUAUCCCAGGUACAUUGUCGAAACCUCCCGCGCGGGGCGAAAUAAAAGUGCCUUCCGUGAUUAGCAACGUUCCUGGAACCGAAGCGCGGUCUGCGUAAUACUCCUUAACGAAUGAAAGAGGGACAUGAUUGUCAUCCGCGCGAAAUCUAGUUAAUGGCGCCAGAACGAUACGAUGUUGCAAAGUAAUAUUGCCGAUCUGGAGUGGACUUUGUAUAUUCUCCAUAUUUUGGAUUGACCGAGAGCGAAAGAAUGUCAGGAGCCUGUUUCGCCGAUUUUACCGCUGAUGCAUAUAUGUUCUGCGUAGAAGAGUAGAGAAGUGGUUCAGAUUUCACCCACCAGAGUAGAGUAAUGAUCAACGUCGAAACUUUGAACAACGUUACGUGAAAUCUGGCACUCGUGGCAAACAAAUAGAGCAUGGGGUGCGCUUUCACCGCUUGCACCGGAAGGAUUAAUCCUUGGGGUGGGGCCACCCAUCUUGAUUUCAAAGCAGAUUUAUCCUCUAACAAAUAAGCUGCCGUCCUCUUCAAUUUUCCAAUGCUGAGCAGCAGGCAUAUAAUCCUUUUUGCGGAUGUGAAGGGGAAGGGAGCUUUAAAUAGGAAUCCAUAGGGCUUUCAAGGGUAGUUAAGAGUAUAUAACCACGUGGAAUUUACUCUAGAAAAAUCGUGGCCCCU